AUGAUGAAUGAUUUGGGCAAGAAAACCGAUGGGUUACCGGAGAAGAUGAAGAGAUUUCCGAUGGUGCUAUGCCGGAAAAUCUGGAAAGUGGGUCAAGAUGAUCCCAGAAGGGCGAUCCAUGCUCUCAAAGUCGGCUUUUCUUUAACGUUGGUGUCAUUGUUGUACUUAAUGGAGCCAUUAUUCAAAGGGGUUGGACAGAAUGCUAUUUGGGCUGUCAUGACCGUCGUCGUUGUGCUUGAAUUCACUGCUGGUGCAACAUUGUGCAAAGGAUUAAAUAGAGGAUUCGGGACACUGUUGGCUGCAUCAUUAGCCUUCUUCUUCGAGUUUAUAGCUAGAGAAUACGGGAAGGUUUUUCGAGCUGUAUUCAUCGGGGCUUCGAUCUUUCUAAUAGGUGCUUUGACUACUUAUUUGCGAUUUUUUCCUAACAUAAAGAAGAAUUACGAUUAUGGUGUACUCAUAUUUCUCUUGACAUUUAAUUUGAUCACCGUAUCAAGUUAUCGUGUCGAUGACAUCCUAAAACUAGCCCAAGGGCGUAUUUAUACGAUCGCGAUUGGUUCCGGGGUUUGCAUUCUUAUGAGUCUUUUCAUCUUCCCGAAUUGGUCCGGAGAAGAUCUCCAUAACUCUACUGUUUCCAAAAUCGAAGGCCUUGCAAGAUCAAUCGAAGCUUGUGUCGUUAAAUACUUUAACGAUGAAGAACCGGAUCUAGAAAUAGAUGAGACGACGGAGGAUCCGAUUUACAACAACUAUAAGGCCGUUUUAGAUUCAAAAUCGACAGAUGAAACUCUCGCACGACACGCUAGUUGGGAGCCACGACACUCGUGGCACUGCCACAAGUUCCCGUGGCAACAAUAUGUAAAACUGGGAGGCGUUCUUCGUCACUUUGGGUACGCAAUUGUGGCUCUUCACGGAAGUUUACAAACCGAAAUCCGGACUCCAAGAUCAGUUCGAUUACUAUUCAAGGAACCAUGCAUUCGCCUUGUAUCAGAAGUAACAAAAGCUCUAAUGGAACUCGCCGACAGCAUAAGAAACCGGCGACACUGCUCGCCGGAGAUCCUCACGGACCAUCUUCACCGGGCACUGCAAGACCUCGAUACCGCUUUAAAGUCUCAACCAAGGCUCUUUCUGGGUCCAAAUAGCCCUAACAACACGGCCAAAAUGCUAGCCGUGGUUGCCGCAACAGCACGCCAAAAAUCCGAAAAGCACUUAUCUGGCUUGAAAACAGACUCGCCAAGGUUCUUAGACCGGAUAUCGGAGGGGGAGAGAAGGGUUUUGAGGCCGACGUUAAGCAAGCUUGCGAUCACGAGCUUGGAGUUCUCGGAAGCGCUUCCGUUUGCGGCUUUCGUGGCAUUGUUGGUGGAAUCGGUGGCUCGGCUUGAUGUUGUGAUUGAGGAAGUGGAGGAAUUGGGGAGGGUGGCUUGCUUCAAAGAGUUUAAACAUGGCGGCAAUGAUGAUGAUGUGAUAUUGAAUGUGGAUAGGAGGAGAUCAACGGAGAUCAAUCUUCCUAACUCUGCUGGAGCCGAGUGA